AUGUAUCCGUACCAGACGCAUUGGAUAGCUCCUGGAGAACAAAAUUGUUCUCAAAACCAUCCCUAUAUGCAGCAUUGGAACAACGCUCCUGGUUCAGGGAAUUCCAAUGCAAUGGUGACUCAGCAGCAGCAACAACAAAUUCAACAACAGCAGCAGCCCCCACCAAACUUUGACGAGGCGGCAGCGGCGGCGGCGUUGAUGACCAAUGGAAAUGGAAGUGGGGGUGUUGUAGUGGUAUCCACUGGUGCCCAGCUGAACUCCUCUCAGGCGUUACCCCCCACUUACAACUCUCCCAUGGUAGUAGGAGAUAGACGUCUAAUCACAGCUCCUCUCAUGGGAGGAGGUGGUCCAGCUCUUCAACCCCAACCACCACAGCAACCUGGAAGUAUGCCAUAUGUUCCACAGAGAUUCCCACCUCCAGUCUAUCACCAUAAUCCUAAUAUUCAACCGCCAACUCAGACGCCAACAUCUGGUUACAUGCCAAUGCCUCAUCAAGAUCCUGCUUCCAUGAACCCGAACUUCGUCCCCGGUGCUGGUCCCCCACCAACUAUGAUGAACGGGGGACAGAGGAUGUACGCCCCAGGUCUGGCCCCUGUUAAUGGUCCACGACCGGCAAUUCGAGCACCGCCUCCGGGAAUGAAUUUCGGAUACUACCCAUUUCCCGACGGCCAACAACAACCAAUGGCACACAUGUGUCCCCCACCAGGAGGGUUUCAACAAAUGCCACCCAUUGCCACCGCUCCUGGGCUCCAUAUCCAUCCUGGCGGUGGGGGUGAUCUCCAGUCACAGCAGCCCCAACCUGGUCCCAGUACUGGAAGGAGAAAUAAUGCCACCGAUGCAAAUGGAGGUGCCACCGCUACUACUAGGAAGAGGAAGCCUAAAACCACUAGGGCCCGAUCAACACAACCCCGUGGUGGUGCUGGUGGCAAUGGCCGAGGAGGUGCAAAUGCUUCGAAUAGGGCUGUUGGCAAUCCUUCCGUUGCCAUGGGAGGUGGUUCAAUGCCUCCUAUGGGGGCAGUUGGGGGUCCUACAAUGGUCACCUCUCAAGCACCUCCUCCACAAAUGAUAGGUGGUCCUGGAUUGGUUGGUGGUGUUCCGCCUCAAUCAGGCCCUCCUCAGCCUUGGCCUAACUCCUUUCCUCGAUCCCCUAACCAGCCCAAUCCUAACAUAAUGACCAAUGGAUCGGGUAUGGAUCCUAUGAACCCUCUCCAACCGCCUACUGUUUCCACGCAGCAACAACAGCAUACUAUGGCAACACAGCAGUUACCUGCAGGGACUCCCCAUUAUGGACCAACUCCUCAUCAAAGAGGUGGGGUCAUGACGCAACAGCACCAGCAACAACAACCUGCUCCCCCUCAACCCUUAGGAAUCAUCCAGCAACAGCAGCCACAACAAACGCCUCAGCAACAGCAACAACGACAGCAACAACAACAGCAGCAACAGCAACAACAACGACAACUAAUACGAAUACGGAAGCCACUGAAGAUAUAUCCUGUUCCAGACAGUAAGAAAUUAUUGAAUUAUUAA